CAUUCGUUGUUUUACCUUGUAGGUACUUUUUUGGUACUUGUUGAUUGUUUCUAAAUUUUAGUAGGUUCCUAAUAAAAGUUAUUAUGAGAAAUUAAAUCUGAUAAAAUAAAUACUAUGGAUGAAGAAAAUAAGUUGCCAUUGAAACGCGUGGAGCUCUCUUUGUCGAAGUUCAACGAAGUAGCUAUUCCGCAUCAUUUGGACUUAUUGCGCCAGCAUAAGGCCAAUAUUCUCAAGUAUGAGGAGAGCGGUGAGUACGUCCGCGUGCGCGCGGAGCAGACGCACGCGCGGCGCGUGGCGGCGCAGCUGCGGGCGCUGCUCGGGGAGCUCGACGCUCUGCGGCGGCAGUAAAGAGCAUCAAGUAGAGACGGUGAACACAGAACAGUGUCGCAGGUCCGCUCGGAAGACCGCAGUCGCUUCGACGAGCUCACCAAACGCUCGCGCGACCUCACGCUGCGCGCCAUCGUCGACUAUCUGGAGACGCCGCCGCAGCCCGCGGCCGCGCGCUCCUCGGACUCCGUGGGCGUGCUCGCGCAGCUCGACGACAGGAGCGGAGAUAUACAUGGGCCGUGACGUAUUGGCUGUGCAGGAACAGCAGGAACAGCAGGAACAGCAGGAGCAGGAGCUGCGGUCGCGCGAGGCGGUGCUGCGCGGCUGGAGCGAGCUGCAGGGCGAGGUGCGCGCGCUGCACGACGCCUGGCAGCACGUGCAGGCGGCUGCGCUCGCGCAGAGACAACUCGUUGAUUCGGCGUCUAGCAACAUCGAAACUACUUCUGACAACGUGGUUGCCGCUCGCGCCGACCUGUCCGUAGCUGAAAAACUGCGUGUGGGCGCAUACGGCGCAGGCGGCGCACUGUGCGGGGCGCUGGUGGGGGGCCCGCUGGGGGCGCUGGUGGGCGCCAAGGCUGCGGCCGCGGCGGGGCUGGCCGGCUCCGCGCUGGGGUACGCGGCCGCGCGGCUGCUGGGCGCGCGUCGCCGGCGACAGAUUGAUUGUGACAAGGACGAGUGAUUGUGAUUAUGUAGUGCCAGUCGAUGUAUUUUGAUACACAAGUUAUUAUUAUUUCAUGCCGAUUGGAGUCAAACAUAUGAAUAUAUUCCCCUUCUGAAAAGAUCCCACACAUUAGAAUAAUUGCAGGUAAAUUACAAGUCUUAAGUGUUUCAUUUAAAACUAGUUAAUCACUUUUUAAGAUAUGUCUGAACUGAACCAACGUUUUUCAUAGAAGAAUAAAUGUAUAGUCAGUAUGUAAAAAUUAGACUAAUGUAACUUAAUUGUAUGAUAAUGUCUAAUAGCACUAAAUGUAUUGCCUUUAAAUAAAAUUUAAAUGUACUUAUGUUUAGUUGUGUUAUGUUGUUAAUGUGGCACUCAUAGUUUAUUUUUGAUUUUAUCAUAGUUCAUAUAUAUUAUUAUUAUUUAAUUACAGCACAAUAUUAUUUACUUUCGUACUUAGUACAAAUAAAUAUACAUUAGGAGCCAUUUGAGAGCGAGUAAUCACAUUUAUUUAAGAAUACUGUUUUAUGUUCUUAGCAACAUUGUACAAUUUAUAAGUUACUUUUUGAAAAUAAACAAUCUUUUUUAAAAUAAUGUUACUUUGUAGGUAAAUGAAUAUCAAAUAAUAGUCAUUAUGCUGUGAUAUUUAGCAAUCGUGUUUGUGCUGGUUAGAUGUAUAAAUAGACCCCAGACCAUUUGUGUGCGUUCAUAUCAAGUGAAACAUAUACUUUCUGAGUAAAUAUCUGAAAACUUAUCAGUAGCUACCCUCUGCUUUAGGAAUAAUUUCUUUAUUUAAAGCCUUCAAGUGUGCGACACCGCUUGCUAGCCUAGGGCUACCCUCCCCUCCAUUAUUUCCAUUUGGUCCGGUCCUGUAUUUAAGAUUUUGCGGACCCUGUCCAAAUCAUGUCGUUUAGGCACGAGCUUUACUAAUUUUUAAUCUGACAUUUUAGUGAUCUGACAAAGCUUGAGUCAGAUAAACUACAUGUGUUAUGUGGCGCUUGGUCUGAGGCGUAGAAUAUUAUGAGAGACUAUUUUAUAUUUCUGUAUUGAACAAUAAAUACAGUUUUAUAAACUU